AAACGUGGAAAUCGUUCUACGUGGGUCGUUGAAGGGAUAAUUAAUAGAUUUAAAAUAAAUUAUUUUCAGUUAUCAAAUAGAUUUUUCAAUAAACAGCGCCUUUUUGCCACAAGCUAAAUUCUGAACUUCGAGAGCGUCAGCACGUCAAGCCGUCAACGGUUGUUACGUUUACGUCACCAGGGUGAGUGUUUUGAAAGGGUUGGCUAGCUGGAGGUUGGGAUUACAGCGGAAAAUGGAGUAAAAUAACUGUUAACCAGAUAAUGAACAGUGAAAGAUCCAGAACGGAUUUCCCUCUUAAUGGGUGAUGGCAGCAAGUCUGCAGUCAUAUGACAGCAACUCUAGUGAUACCGACAACUGGGAACGAAAAGCAACAAGCCGACCUCGCAAACUCUGCAAGCAUUCGAGCAGUCAGGCCAGAGCUUCUCGAGUGGAGGCAGAACAGAGGAAGAUGAGUAUGCAUGGUGCCAGUGGGGGUUGUGACCGCUCACGAGACCGCCGUCGUUCCAGCGAUCGCUCUAGAGACUCGUCACAUGAGAGAGAAGGGCAACUCACUCCCUGCAUUCGGAACGUCACUUCACCCACCCGCCAACCCAACAGUGAGCGUGAGCGUGAUGGCUUAUCAUCAAGGCCCAGUAGCCCAAGACCUCAGAGAGUUUCGCCCAGUGGUUCCAGCAGCAGCGGAGUGGUGAGCAGUCGUAACAGUAGCUUGUCCAGUACAGAUGGCACCUUCAAAGGCUUGGGAGCUGGAGAGAUGGUUUUUGUUUACGAGAAUCCUAAGGAGAGUGGAGCAAACGCCAGCGUAGGAAACCGAAGCAUCAGAAGCUCUGAGAGAGUGACUCUGAUUGUUGACAACACGCGUUUCGUAGUAGAUCCAUCCAUCUUCACUGCACAACCCAACACGAUGUUGGGCAGAAUGUUUGGAUCUGGAAGAGAACACAAUUUCACAAGACCCAAUGAGAAGGGGGAGUAUGAAGUGGCCGAGGGCAUCAGCUCUACUGUAUUCCGGGCAAUUCUGGAUUACUACAAAUCUGGGAUAAUCCGGUGUCCAGAUGGAAUCUCCAUCCCUGAGCUGCGCGAGGCGUGUGACUAUCUAUGCAUCUCCUUUGACUAUAGCACCAUCAAAUGCAGAGACCUCAGUGCCCUGAUGCACGAGCUGUCCAAUGACGGAGCUCGCCAUCAGUUUGAGUUUUACCUUGAAGAAAUGGUUCUGCCUUUAAUGGUUGCCAGUGCACAGAGUGGAGAGAGGGAAUGUCACAUUGUAGUCCUUACAGAUGACGAUGUGGUGGACUGGGAUGAAGAGUACCCACCACAGAUGGGUGAAGAGUAUUCACAGAUCAUUUACAGCACAAAACUGUACAGAUUUUUCAAGUAUAUUGAGAAUCGAGAUGUUGCCAAAUCAGUUUUAAAGGAAAGAGGAUUGAAGAAAAUCAGACUGGGCAUUGAAGGUUACCCCACCUAUAAGGAAAAGGUCAAGAAGCGCCCAGGAGGUCGUCCAGAGGUCAUUUACAACUACGUCCAGAGGCCCUUCAUACGUAUGUCCUGGGAAAAGGAGGAGGGCAAAAGCCGACACGUGGACUUUCAGUGUGUAAAGUCCAAGUCCAUCACCAACCUGGCCGCAGCAGCCGCUGACAUCCCUCAAGAUCAGCUGGUGGCGAUGCAUCCUGGCCCACAGGUGGAUGAACUGGACAUCCUGCCUAGUCACCCACCCAGUGGGAACCACUACAGCAACAACUACAGCAACGAGCCUGAUCCUGAUGCACCUUCACCUGCUGUCUGAGGACGCCCAUUAUCCUUCAAUGCCUCUGCCCCUUACUCUUGUAGUCCUUUUACCAGCAUGCUGCAGCAUGGAGCGCCUGGGGCACCAUAACCAUAUUGCCUUGACACCUCCUUUGCCGCCUUAGAGCCUCAAGAACCUGGAUGACUAAACAAGAGGAAAUCAAGACUGCUAAACGAAAGAGCUCACUGAUUUCAUCUUCUUUUUUCUUUUUCUUUCUUUUUUUUUUUUUUACUUGACCAAAGGAUUUAUUUUUGUUUGAGAAAAAUCCAGAAAAUUACUUAGUAUUAAUAACUUUAUUAUUUACCAUGAUGUUGUACUUUGCUUUGAUGGGUUUUGGCUGAGCACUGUUGUGGUGUCACUGUGUUUUCCUGGGUUUCGUUUCACAAAUUAUUUUAAUUUUAUUCUUUUUGGGUGGCGUACUUAAUGUGUUUUGAUGGGAAAAUGCAACUUCCUGCUCGUGGAGAGGAUCUGCUCUCACCAUUUACUGUCAUGAUCUCCAGCUGAUCUCCUCACAGAUGUCUUUGAACCUCGUUAUGGGAUAUGUAGACAUUUGUUGGGUUUCAUAGGUGAUGUUCAGUUGCUCUCACAGCCGGAUCAUGAAGCAGAGCACAGGCUGCUGUGGUCAGUCUCUUUGUGCAAAGCUUGAAAUUGUUGUAUAAAAUGGACAUGAAAUCAUUAAAGUUCAAAUAAAAACAC